AAAGAAACAGAUGCUUCAUAAUCAAGAUGAACUAUUUUGAUAACCCUACAAAUCUAAAAAGAGAGCAUUAACAUAAUAAUAACACCCACAACAUAAAAGGCAUUAUUAUCAUACAAACAUAUGAAAAGACUAAAAUUAUUCCAAUCAACAUGCAAAUGAUCCUUCGUAUGAAACUUCAGAUCGACACUAUGAAGCAUUUUAGACAAAGUAGUUACCUAAACGAAACUACCUAGUUAAAAGUUGUAAUUUUAAGUUUGUACAAGGAAUCAGUUUUGAGAUAAAACACAAAUUUUAAACUAUUUUUUCAUUCUUUUUUUUUAUUUUUAUUUUGAAAAUCAUGAUAUACAAUAGAUAGAUAAAAUUAAAUUUGCUAAUGUUCUCAACUUUCAUGGGAAUCUUGACUUUGGGAAGCAGACAAGGCUCAAGCUUGGCAACUCAUUCCUAAAUAAAGAGCUAAAAUGAUAAUAAUAAGACCAUAUGUAUUGAUUGGUGCGCCAUAUUUUUUGCGGUUCAUGGAUCGUUGGAAUCUUCACAUCAUGUCCUUCACCAAGCUCGGUUUUGGGGUCUUAUUAUUGUUUAUUUCCUAAUAAAUUUUAAAACAGAAAAAAAAAAAAUUUGAACACUAAAACAGCAGAUCUGAUCAAUAAAUUAAAUUACCAUAAACAUACUAUAUAUUAAAAAAAAAAAACUUAUUUAUACGUAUUCAAUUGAUUAAAGCACGCAAUGCAUGUAAAGUAGACCUUACUAGUGAUCAUCACCUCAGUCCCCCCUACCUUCCCUCCGCUUCCUACCGUUGAACAAAAACCCAAAACUUUUAUUCAAAUCUAACAACCUAACAUCUCUCUCUCUCUCUCUCUCUCUCUCUCUCUCUGUCACAUUCUUAAAGCAUCUAAACAUUUCCCCUCUCAAUUCCUUCACCCUCUCUUCCAAAAACUACCAUGUCCUUCCUCCUCUUCCUCCUCCUCCUCAUCCUCUCCUCCCUCACCUCACAUUUGAAUGCUACUACCUCCCUAAGAAUAGGAGUGAACUUAGGACAGUUAGGGGACAACUUACCUCCACCGGCGAGGUCCAUCGAGCUAAUCCGGCGACUCCGAGCCAAAGCCGUCAAGAUCUACGAUGCCAACGCCACCGUCCUUUCCGCCGUCUCCGGCACCGGCAUCCGAGUCUCCGUCAUGCUCCCUAACCAGCUCAUCCCUUCCGUCGCCUCCAACCAAUCCUUCUCCGAUUCCUGGGUCUCCUCCCAAAUCCUCCCUUUCUACCCUAAAGCUCGCAUUCGCUACCUCCUCGUCGGCAACGAGAUCCUCUCCGACUUCUCCAUCUCCAACUCCACUUGGCCUCACCUCGUCCCCGCCAUGGCUAAUCUCAAGCGCUCUCUCCGAUCUCACUCCAUUCAUAACAUCAAACUCGGCACUACUCUAGCUAUGGACUCUCUCAGCGUCUCCUUUCCCCCUUCCGCCGGCGCUUUCCGCGCCGACAUCGCCACCUCCGUCAUCACCCCUCUGCUCCGAUUCCUAAACUCCAGCAAAUCCUUCUACUUCGUUGAUGUCUACCCUUACUUCCCCUGGGCCGCGAACCCUAGCUCCAUCGAUCUCGAUUACGCGCUUUUCGCCGGGAAUCCGAGCAAGUACUACACCGAUCCUGGCUCCGGCCUCACCUACACGAAUCUCUUUGAUCAGAUGCUGGACGCCGUCUUCGCCGCCAUGACCCGGCUAGGGUUUGGCCAGAUUCCGAUCUUCGUCGCCGAGACUGGCUGGCCGAACAACUGCGACAUCGACCAGAUCGGAGCCAACAUCUUCAACGCCGCCACCUAUAACCGAAACCUCGCCCGCCGAUUAUCCCACAAACCACCGAUCGGCACUCCGGCGAGGCCAGGGAUGGUGAUUCCGGCGAUGAUCUUCGCUUUAUACAACGAGAACCUGAAAGGCGGGCCAGGGACGGAGAGGCACUGGGGAUUGUUAUACCCAAAUGGCACUAGGGUUUACCCAGUUGAUCUAACCGGGAAAUUGCCGGACAGGAAGUACCCACCCUUGCCGGCGCCGACGAACAACGCGCCGUACAAGGGGAAGAUAUGGUGCGUGGUGGAUGAGGAGAAGGGGGUGGAUGAGAAGGCGUUGGUGGCGGCAUUGGCGUAUGCUUGUGGGCAAGGGAAUGGGACGUGCGAGGGGAUAGAGAAAGGGAAGGAGUGUUUCCGGCCGAACACGGUGGUGGCGCACGCGAGCUAUGCGUUCAACUCGUAUUGGCAACAGUUUCGGUACUCCGGCGGCACUUGCUUCUUUGGUGGCCUUGCUGUGCAGACCACAAAGGACCCCAGUUAUGGAUCUUGCAAGUUCCGAGCAUGAAGAAAUGAAAGUGGAGAGUGAUGAUUUCUUUCACAGCACUAGGUCGAGAUUUUUAACUUGAUCCAGUGGAUCUAGUCUGACACGUUGGUUGGUUGGUUGGUUUUUUUUUUUUUCAUUUUCCUUUUUCAAAGAUUGGGCUCAUUUACUCGUUAUUAAUGAUGUGUCUCAUCCAUUGUGUUGUCUUGAUUAUUUAUUUUGGAAAACAAGAGUCCAUUUAUUAUGAUGAGAAGGUUCUUGGACUGAACAUGUUGGGUCCGAUUGAGGACUUUAAUUUUGGCUUUAAUCAAUUUGUCCUCGUUUUUG